AUGGAAACCAUCAAGGAUGCGGCCAAGUCGGUGACCGGCUCCGGUUCUGGCGAUAAACCCGGAGAAUUUGAGUCAGGCUUCACAGUCCCCGUCUUUCAUCAGAAGGUUCCCGGCCUGCAGUCCGAAAUGGGACCUCAACCACUGAGCGAUCGCAUUCCUACCCCAGAGGGCGGUUCCCAGCUCUACAAGGCGGCCGGCAAGCUUGAAGGCCGCAAGGCACUGAUCACUGGCGGUGAUUCGGGCAUUGGCCGCUCCAUCGCUAUCUUGUUUGCGAUGGAAGGCGCAGAUAGCUUCAUCGUCUACCUGCCUGAAGAGGAGAAAGACGCUCAAGAGACGAAAAAGAAGGUGGAAGAGUACGGCCGGAAGUGCUACCUCCACGCUACGGAUUUGACAUCCAAAGAGAACUGCAAGGCAGUGGUUGAAGCCGCGCUCGAGAAGAUGGGCAGCAUCAACAUUCUUGUCAACAAUGCGGCGUUCCAGAUGAUGCAGCAGGACAUCAAGGAUUUGCCCGAGGACCAGUGGAUCAAGACGUUCAACACCAACAUUCAUCCUUACUUCUACCUCGCCAAGUACACCCUUCCCCACAUGAAGAGAGGAGAUACGAUCAUCAACAACGCCUCCAUCAACGCCUACAUCGGCCGUCCCGACUUGCUUGACUACACCUCUACAAAGGGCGCCAUCGUCGCCUUCACCCGCGGUCUCUCAAACCAGUACGUAGGCCGCGGCAUCCGCGUCAACGCUGUCGCGCCCGGCCCUGUCUGGACGCCGCUCAUCCCGAGUACCAUGACCGACGAGGCGAUGAAGGAGUUCACGUCACCGAUGGGUCGGCCUAGCCAGCCCAGCGAGAUCGCGACCUGCUUCGUCUUCUUGGCUUCUACGGAUAGCUCGUCUAUCUCAGGCCAGACGCUGCAUCCCAAUGGCGGUACUAUCGUGAAUGGUUAG